UCGUGUUUUUUGAAGUGGAGGCUGGCCUGACCGCAGUGUACUAUUCGACUUUAAUGAUGCAAGCAGUGAGCGGAGUGAAUCCGCUGCCUGGCUGUAAAUAACCGCAGGAAAACGGCAGUAUUCAGUGUAGUGAGCGGAGGAGAGAUGGACCGACACCGUGAAGUGCUGGAUGUCCUUUCAAACCCUGAAACGAAGCUGCGAACAGAAGCUUUACCUUUAGAUGUGCGAAAAGUGAUUGUUGGUGAAGAAGAGCAGCAGGAGAGGAGCUCCAGUCUGGACCAGGAGGACCCAGAGCCCCCACACAUUAAAGAGGAACAGGAGGAACUCUGGAUCAGUCAGGAAGGAGAGCAGCUUCAAGGGCUGGAGGAGGCUGAUAUCACUAAGUUCACAUUCACUCCUGUCCCUGUGAAGACUGAAGAUGAUGAAGAGAAACCUCAGUCCUCACAGCUUCAUCAAAGACAAACUGAACAGAUGAAAACAGAAGCUGAUGGAGAGGACUGUGGAGGACCAGAACCAGCCAGGAGCUCAGAUCCAGAUAGACAUUUACAACCUGAUACUGAUGACAGGUCUUCAAAUUCUUCUGAGACUGAAACCGAAGACAGUGAUGAAUGGAAGGAGACCAGUGAACCUCAGUCAGGUUUAACGUCUCAUAUGAGUUGUGAUGAGUUGAAUUCAUUCAGCUGCUCCGAGUGUGAUAAAAAAUUUAGCCAAGAGGGACACCUGAUCAUACACCGGAGAAUUCACACAGGGGAGAAACCUUUCAGUUGCUCAGUUUGUGGUAAAAUAUUGGUAUGCAAGGGGUCUCUUAGGAGGCAUAUGAGAAUUCACACAGGAGAGAAACCAUUUAGUUGCUCAGUUUGUGGUAAAAUAUUAGUAUGCAAACGGUCUCUUGGAAGACAUAUGAGAAUUCACACUGGAGAGAGACCUUUUAGUUGCUCAGUUUGUGGUAAAAGAUUUGUUUGCCAAGGGUCUCUUAGGAUACAUACGAGAAUUCACACAGGAGAGAGACCCUUUAGUUGUUCAGUUUGUGGUAAAGGAUUUGUAUGCAAGUGGUCUCUUAAGAGACAUAAGAGAAUUCACACAGGAGAGAAACCCUUUGGUUGCUCAAUUUGCGUUAAAAGAUUUGUAUGCAAGGGGUCUCUUAGGAAACAUAUGAGAAUGCACACAGGAGAGAAACCCUUUACUUGCACAGUUUGUGGUAAAUCUUUUACUCAGUCAGGUCUGCGCUACCACAUGAAAACUCACACAAGAGAAAAACCAUUUGGUUGCUCAGUUUGUGGUAAAAGAUUCAACCAGGAGGUGACUUUGCAGCUACACAUGAGAAUCCACACAGGAGAGGAGACAUUUAGCUGCUCUGAAUGUGGUAAAGACUUUGGCAUCAAAAUAUAUCUCAAUAGACACAUGAAAAUCCACACAGGAGAGAAGCCAUUUAGCUGCUCUAAUUGUUGUAAAAGAUUUAACAAAAAGGGAAAUCUGCAGAGACACAUGAGAAUCCAUUCAAGAAAAACCAUUUAGCUGCUCAGUUUGUGCUAAAAAGAUGUAUACAAAAGGUACAUCUGUCAAGCUACCUGGCUGUCCACAAAGGGGAGAAACUGUUUUAUUGCAGUGUUUGCUACCAAAGAUUCAGUUGGUCUACACAGUUCAAAAGACACAAGUGUGUUGAUAGUCCUCAGUAUGCCAGUCCUCAACUGAAACGGAUGGAAACAGAAGCUGAUGGAGAGGACUGUGGAGGAUCAGAACCAUCCAGGAACUCACAUCCAAAUAGACAUUUACAACCAUUUACCCCGGGAUUCCACCUGGCACGUGUGCGCCGCGUUCCGGCUCCGACGCAGUUUUGCUCCGUCCUCUGCAUGGCGCCCUAUUCCACCGGGAGCGUGUCAGAAGCGCGUUUUCACUGUGGGGAAGCCUUCCACCGUUUAAAGUCAGUUGCACUCCUACUACAAUAAUUAUAGCAGCCUAGUCAAAGCUGAUAAAGUCC